AGUGUCCCGGGCCGGCCUCUCCCGCCCGCCGCCGGCCCGCCGCCGCCUGCGCCGCCUCCUCCUCAACCCCCCUGCUGUCACCCCCGUGGAGGCCCCGCAGAGCCCCCGCGGAGACGGCGCACCGCCGCCGGGCAGGGGCGGGCGCGCAAGGCGGGGGCGCCGUCCGCCCUCUGCCUCAGCCGCGCCAUUUCGACCCUCCCCGUGAGCGGCUGCCAAUCAGCGCAGCGAGAAAGCGGAUUGGCGGAGGAGAGGCUGUUGCCCGGGAGCCGGCGCGCGCUCUCCCCGCCCCCUCCCCUCGCCCGCCGAGUUCCACUCCCCCGCCCUCCCCUGGGCCCUGGGAAGGGGCGCAGCGUGGGAAAGGGAUGCUUGGGUUUUAACCCGAGGCAGAGCGUGAGCGGGAUCAGUGUGUGCGGCAGGCGAGCGGCCGAGCGCGGAGGCGUCGCUGCUGUGAACUCCUCCUUGCUCACCGCGCCGACCCUUCCCCCCGAGCACCCUCCCGCCCCCCUCACCCCGCGCAGCCAGCAUGAAGCGAGCCCACCCGGAGUACAGCUCCUCGGAUAGCGAGCUGGACGAGACCAUCGAGGUGGAAAAGGAGAGUGCGGACGAGAAUGGAAACUUGAGUUCUGCAUUAGGGUCCAUGUCCCCAACUACAUCUUCACAGAUAUUGGCCAGGAAAAGACGGAGAGGCAUCAUUGAGAAACGCCGGCGAGACCGGAUCAAUAACAGUUUGUCUGAGCUGAGAAGAUUGGUACCUAGUGCUUUUGAGAAGCAGGUAAUGGAGAAAGGAUCCGCUAAGCUGGAAAAAGCUGAGAUCUUGCAGAUGACGGUGGAUCACCUGAAAAUGCUGCACACGGCAGGAGGGAAAGGCUAUUUUGACGCGCAUGCCCUUGCUAUGGACUAUCGGAGCUUGGGAUUUCGGGAAUGCUUGGCCGAAGUUGCCCGAUACUUGAGUAUUAUUGAAGGACUGGAUGCAUCUGACCCUCUUCGAGUACGACUGGUCUCGCAUCUGAACAACUAUGCCUCCCAGCGUGAAGCCGCGAGUGGCGCCCACGCAGGCCUUGGACACAUCCCCUGGGGGAGCGCCUUCGGACAUCACCCGCACGUCGCGCACCCCCUGUUGCUGCCCCAGAAUAGCCACGGCAACACUGGCACGGCAGCCUCGCCCACGGAACACCACCAGGGCAGAUUGGCCUCGGCACAUGCAGAGCCACCCGCCCUGCGAGCGCCCCCUAGUGGCGGCCUUGGACCGGUGCUCCCUGUGGUCACUUCUGCCUCCAAACUCUCACCACCCCUCCUCUCUUCAGUAGCCUCCCUGUCGGCCUUCCCUUUCUCUUUUGGGUCCUUCCAUUUACUUUCUCCCAAUGCACUGAGUCCUUCGGCACCCACGCAGGCAGCAAACCUCGGCAAGCCCUAUAGACCUUGGGGGACGGAGAUUGGAGCUUUUUAAAGGACUGAUGCUGUAGAAUGAGGGAGGGAGGGAAGCUUAAAGUCCCAGCUGAGCUGGGUUGUUGCCAACAUCACCUUAAAGUCGUCAGUACAAUUUAUAAAAAGGUACACUUUCAGAUACAUUCUGUUUAAAGACUAAAGGUUUGUUGGUUUUCUUUUUCUUAUUUUUUCCCCCAUUCUUAAUCAUGUCAUGUAGUAGCAGAUUUUAAAAACCAGUCGCUAAAUUUCGUUCCAUACAUUCAACUGAAGUAGUGAAUAUAAACCAACAUUUGGUGUGAUAGGUUUGUCUUGUGCCUGAUAGACUUUGGAAACCUAUCAAAGAAUGAUUCCAUUAUUGUCUCAAAGCUUCGGGAAAUUGAACAUUUAGUAUUUUGGUCAGUUCAUCUUAUAUAGCUGCAGUCUGUUUUUAGAAUUAAUUUUCAGAACCACUACGCUCAAUAUUAACAUGAUGAUAUUUGUUAAUGUUUUGAUAAUUAAAGUGUUUAUAAGUAAUCUUUUGGGGGGGCAGGUGGGGAGCUAAUGACUUUUUAUAUUUCUGAAUAAAGCGUUGACAAAUCAGAUGAUCAGCUUUAUCCAAGAAAGAAGACAAAUUAAGUCUUUGCCACUACCUACAACAGUCAGGUGAAAUUAUAUAAGUUGCCAGGGACCCAGAAUUCUUGUCACAGCUGUUGUCUUCUGCCAGGACUUGAAGUUCUGGGCAAGUUAGGAAAGAGCCAUUUGUGUCACAGUUCCCCAUUUGGAGUGGCAGGGAGGGAACUGAAGAUAACUGCCUAGAUUAUGCCAGUGUGUAUCAAUGUCUGAAGCAAAGAAAAGGGCUUUUAAUCUCAUGGAUCUGAAAAUCACAGAUGCUAACAUGGAUGCUGAUCAUGGUGUGCAAGUGGUCAAUUAAGUAGCCCAGUGGAACCUGUUAAAUUCAUAACCCGAUUCUUCUGCAACUGUCAGGUUUUUGCUGAACAGCAAUUUUUAUGUUGCAUUUUCUUUCUUUUUUUUUUUUUUUGGUGCAUGGAAAUGUGGUUGUCAACAAGUAAAAAAAGGACUUUGCUGCCUUCUUUUUUGGUUUAUUUAAUUUGAUUGGGACUAUGAGCUUGUUGUUUUAAGGUUUAUUCCCUUAGCAGGUGUAGUUUAAAUGACCACUGAACCAGGCUUGACCUCUGUUGUACUGAUGUGUUGUGACUAAAUAAAAAGGAGCAAACUCG